CGCCUGCGCUCUGGCGGCCUACUCCCGCAGCCCUGGGCAGAGAGGCAGGGAGGAUGCCUGACUUCUCGCCGCCUCGUUCCCGGCUCGACAACGCAUGCGCAGAGGCGCCUCCUGAGCGCCCUGACAGCCGGGGCGGGCGAGCCGGGAGCCAGGCGACCAGCAAAAAGGAAGCGCCGGACCGGCAUGGAGGGCCAGGGGGCCGGAGGGGAAGACCCGCCGGGGAAGGGCACCCCCAGGCGGGGUGGCAGCGGCGGGGGGCGUCCCUCGGAGGAGGAGAGUAAAAAUAAGCCCAAGCUGAAUCUACAGAUAAAAACUUUGGCAGAUGAUGUGAGGGACAGAUUAACUAGUUUUAGGAAAUCUGGAGUCAAAAAGGAGAGACUUCUUAUCCAGCACCCCAUCGACUCACAGGCCUCUAUAAUUGAAUUGCCAGUGCCUCAACCACUGUUUGAUGAACGAUCAAUGAAUUUAUCGGAAAAAGAAGUUAUGGACCUCUUUGAGAAAAUGAUGGAAGACAUGAAUCUAAAUGAAGAACGAAAAGCUCCUUUACGGAAUAAAGAUUUGACCACAAAACGUGAAAUGGUUGUCCAGUACAUUUCCGCAACUGCCAAAUCUAUAAUUGGAAGUAAAGUUCCGGGUGGCCUGAAAAACAGUAAACACGAGUGCACAUUGUCGUCGCAGGAAUAUGUCCACGAACUACGAUCAGGUAUCUCAGAAGAAAAACUUCUCAACUGCUUAGAAUCUCUGCGGGUGUCUCUGACAAGCAAUCCAGUAAGUUGGGUUAACAAUUUUGGACAUGAAGGUCUUGGGCUUCUCCUGGAUGUCCUUGAAAAACUUCUUGAUAAGAGACAGCAAGAAAGUAUUGACAAGAAAAAUCAGCAUAAGCUUAUACAGUGCCUCAAAGCGUUUAUGAAUAAUAAGUAUGGACUACAAAGAAUACUGGGAGAUGACCGAAGCCUUCUCUUACUGGCCAGAACAAUUGACCCAAAGCAACCAAACAUGAUGACUGAAACAGUGAAAAUACUCUCUGCCAUUUGUAUUGUGGGAGAAGAAAACAUGCUCGACAAAAUUUUAGGAGCUAUAACAAUUGCAGCUGAGAGAAAUAACGGAGAACGAUUUGCUAACAUAGUGGAGGGGCUUGAAAAUCACGAAGCUCUGCAAUUACAGGUUGCAUGCAUGCAGUUCAUAAACGCCCUUGUCACUUCUCCAGAAGAGCUUGAUUUUAGGGUACAUUUGAGAAAUGAAUUCCUGCGCUGCGGGCUAAAGAAAAUAUUACCAGACCUAAAAGAGAAGGAGAAUGAAGAACUUGAUAUUCAGUUGAAAGUAUUUGAUGAAAACAAAGAGGAAGACUUAAUUGAAUUGGCCCAUCGUCUCAAUGACAUCAAAGUGGAAAUGGAUGAUGUGAAUGAAGUUUACCACUUGUUGUAUAAUAUGUUGAGAGAAACAACAUCAGAAAACUACUUCCUAUCAAUUUUACAACAUUUUUUACUCAUUAGGAAUGAUUAUUAUGUACGCCCUCAAUAUUACAAGAUAAUAGAAGAAUGUGUUUCACAGAUAGUGUUGCACUGUAGUGGUAUGGAUCCUGACUUCAAAUGUAGAGGAAGAUUGGAUGUAGACUUCACACAUCUUGUGGACAGCUGUGUGAACAAAGCAAAAGUUGAAGAAAGUGAGCAAAAAGCUGCUGAUUUUUCCAAAAAGUUUGAUGAAGAAUUCACAGCUCGGCAAGAAGCCCAGGCUGAGCUUCAAAUACGAGAGGAGAAAAUCCGACAACUUGAAGCUGAAAUCCAGCAGUUGCGAACCCAGGGUUCUGUAUCUUCAGGUGGUAGUGAUCCUCCUCCUCCUCCUCCACCCCCACCCCCUCCUCCCUUGCCAGGUGGUAUGGUUCCUGUUGCCCCUCCUCCUCCUCCUCUACCACCACCACUACCCGGAUGUGGAGCACCUUCAGGCCCUCCACCGCCACCACCUCCUCCUCCUCCUCCUAUGUUUGGUGGCCCACCACCACCACCACCACCUUUUGGUGGCAUCCCUUCUGUAGUAACUGCACCAGUGCUGCCUUUUGGGAUGAAGCCAAAGAAGAAGUACAGCCUGGAUGUAACUAUGAAGAGAAUCAACUGGAUAAAGGUUGAACCACACGAAAUACAGGAACACUGUUUUUGGGUAAAAGCUAAGGAUGAAAAAUUUGAAAAUCCAGAUCUGUUUGCCAAACUGGCGCUCACUUUUGCUACACAGAAGAAGGAGGACAAGACUGUGGAGAAUGUGGAGGAAAAGAAGAUAAUAAUGCCCAAGAAGAAAGUUAAAGAAUUGAGAAUAUUGGAUGGGAAGACUGCCCAAAAUUUGUCUAUUUUCCUGGGAUCUUUCCGCAUGCCUUACGAAGAAAUAAAACACAUUAUAUUAGAAGUAGAUGAAGCAAAACUGAGUGAAGCAUUAAUUCAGAACUUGGUUAAGAAUCUCCCUGAACAAAAAGAACUUAAUGCCUUAGCUGAACUGAAGAAUGAAUAUGAUGAUCUCUGUGAGUCAGAGCAGUUUGGAGUUGUGAUGAGCUCAGUGAAACUGCUGCAGCCUCGUCUCAACGGGAUCCUUUUCAAGCUCACGUUUGAAGAGCACAUCAACAACAUCAAGCCUGGCAUCAUGGCUGUCACAAUCGCGUGUGAGGAGCUGAAGAAGAGUGAAAGCUUCACUAAGCUUUUAGAACUUGUGCUGAUGAUUGGGAACUACAUGAAUUCCGGCUCAAGAAAUGCCCAAUCGCUGGGUUUUAAUAUCAGUUUCCUUUGCAAGAUUAGAGACACAAAAUCAUUUGAUCAAAAAACAACCCUGCUGCAUUUCCUGGCCGAUAUUUGUGAAGAGAAAUAUCAAGACAUCUUAAAAUUCCCUGAUGAACUUGAACAUGUAGAAAGUGCCAGCAAAGGGAAGACAUUGGCGCCAGCUGAACUGGAAAUAAUCUUUCACUGGAAAUCAGUUUCAGCUCAAAGUCUUAAAAGCAAUCUUGAUUCCAUGGGACACCAGAUACAGCGUUUGGAAAAUGACAUCAAGAAAUUCCCCAAAAUAGAAGAUCCUUAUGAUAAAUUCGUUGAAAAAAUGAUCAGUUUUGCCAAGAGUGCCAAAGAACAAUACGAAAAGUUAUCAAACAUGCAUAACAACAUGAUAAAGCUGUAUGAUAAUUUGGGAGACUAUUAUACUUUUGAUUCCAAAUCUGUCACCGUUGAGGAAUUCUUUGGAGACCUUAGUACAUUCCGGACAUUGUUUUUGGAAGCGUUGAAGGAGAACCAUAAAAGGAGAGAAAUGGAGGAAAAGACCAAGAGAGCCAAACUUGCCAAAGAGAAAGCAGAACGCGAAAAAUUGGAGAGGCAGAAGAAGAAAAAGCAGCUGAUUGACAUGAACAAAGAAGGGGAUGAGACAGGAGUGAUGGAUAAUCUGUUGGAAGCACUGCAGUCUGGGGAAGCGUUCAGGGAUCGCAGAAAACGGAUGCCAAGGCCUCAAGAUAACCGAAAAGUCAUGUUAGAAAGGUCCCGUUCCCGUCAGAACGGAACGAUCACAGCGGUAUGAUUCACCCCAUGCCAAAGAACUCCUAUUUUGUUUACUUCACACGGAGAACAUGAGGUAAACGGAGCGUCAAGAGGAACCGUGAGCAGAAAUCCAACUUAAAACCUGAAGAAUAAAAUAUUUUUUACAAACGUUCCUGUAUAGAAGAGAGAGAAAAACAACUUUGUGUAUAUUACGAAGAAAAACUUCAAGAGCUAAAAGCAGUGUUAUAAAACAGCUCUAUUCCUUCUUUUUUCCCCUUUUUAGUAUUGCCAUCGUGAACGGGCAACCAAGAAUGCAGAUAUGAAUUAGGGAGUUAUUUGCAGCUCUCACAAAUGAUGGGAAUGAUAAUUUUUCGGUUUAAAUUAACAGCAUCAAAAGAUCAGGUCAGCGAUUCAGUUUUAAUUCUUACUUUGACAUAAAAGGAAAAAAAAUCAGCAUAUUAAUGAAUUUAGAUGAACUGAUAUAGCAGAUAAGACACUGUCUUUUGCAAAUACAAGGGAACAGUAUGCUGUCAAUUUUUCUCAAUUCACAUUGCAGGUUUUCAGUAGAAUGAAUUCAGCUCUUUUGAGUUUCAAUCAAAACUUCAUUACAACUCUUCAGCCUUAGUGGUAGAAAGAUAUUUAUAGCUGCUUUAAGCAAGAUCGUAGGGUUGAACCAAAGUUAGAUUCAUGAUUUGCAAAUUUAACUAAAGAAGGAUUUUUAAAUUGGGCACUUAUAUAAACUUUACAUCUACAGUUUGAGGGGAAAAAAUCUUAACAAUGUUGAGAUUUCCAGUUUACUUGUUUUAUUUUUGUUUAAUAUUUUAGGGUUUAAAUCUAUCAAUGAGUAAGGAAUCAGAAUUAGCUUCCUUUGGUUUACUUCAACAAAUUUUACACAGUCUUUGGGCUAGCAUAAUCUUAAUGAAGAAAGAGACUAGAAAAACACCUGAGCACUACUCACAAGCAUAUCACUCCCUUAUGUAUUUCAACUAUUUUAUCCUUUAUGGCAAUUCUCACCGAUAAGUUUACAGAAGUAACUUUGAUGGACUUUGGAGGUGGCAAAGGAAGGCUGAUAUUACCAUUUUAAGUGUUAUUUGAAACUCAGGCAAACCAGCAACAAAAACAUCACACCACUACUAAGAUUCCUAAAUUGUCGUCUACCGUGUACAUCACUUGUUUACAUUAAUGCAUGAAGUUUCCAUUUUAAUUUUCUGAAGACUCAUAGAACAGUGGUCUCCAUCCUUGGCCACUUUAAGACCUGUGGACUUUAAUUUCCAGAAUUCUCCAGCCAGCAGAGCUGGCUGGGGAAUUCUGGGAGUUGAAGUUCACAAGUCUUAAAGUGGCCAAGGUUGAAAACCUCUGCCAUAGAACAUCAAUCACAAAAAAGUGUAUUAGAUACCUAUCUUAAUCAAAAUAGAGCUGGAAGGGACCUGAGGUCUUCCAGUCCAGCCCCCUGCUCAAGCAGGAUUCCUUCUACCAUUUAGCAAGUACGUAGGUCUUCCUUGUAGAGAGAUUCUAAAUAAAUUCUAUUCUUAAUUUUCCUAUUAGAGAAAGAAAAAAAGUGACUUACACUAUUGCCUACUCUUGUUCCAAAGAACACAGGGCAAGUUGAAGAACGGGAUUUAUCUUCUUAUAGAUGUUAACCACUUACAGUAGACAACUGACCUAAGAUGUCCUUGUAAGCUUUCCAGCUAAACAAGGAGGUCAAGCUUCUCUGAGGAGGUUGCAAUCUCUAAGUUCAAAACCUAUACCUCCAUAGGUACUUUAUUAUCCAGCAAAUUUGGAGUUGUUUACAGAUUCAGCUUUAUAUGGAACCAGUACCUUGAGGGCUUACUUAUAUCUAGCAUAACGUUCAAAAACUCUUACUAAUUUCACAGGGAACUGAUACGAUCUGUUGUUUUGUAGGAAUAGAAUGUCAACUAGGCAAAGAGUAUCCUUGACAUAUUGCUACAGAUGUUUCCAACAAUCAUUAAUAGUUUUACUAAACGACGAAGCAUUCGGAAAUUAUCUCCGUAAGAAUUUAUAAAUAAGCAUAAAGCAAUUGUCAGUUUUAUUUCUCUAGCAUAUAAGUUGAGGCUCAAAAAUUUGUUUAAAGUCAAAAUGAUAACUCAUGUGAACGGCCAAAGUGUUUUCUGGUGUAUAGCAUUUACACAUGAUACAUUGAAACUCAAAGAUGACAUAAGUCAUUUUCUAGUAGUUGAAAGCCAAAAUCUUCAUGCAAAUAUCAGAGCAUCUUAAACAUAACCUUAACAUGUUACAGAUUUUUUUUAUGACCAUUACUGAUUAUGGCUGUAUUAUUUUUCAUUUUCUGACAUUUUGCUGGUGAGUCAACCGGUAAUUUGCAAUGAGAGAUUUUUAGAGAACAAAAAUCUAAAAAGAAGCAAAUGCAGAAUAUCAUCUAAACAUGUUCUGGUACUUUCUCAGUUUCCUCAGCCCACUCACUCUGUUGGAAUAUUUUUAUGUAAAUUAAAAACAUGUACCUUAAUAAAGCAAAGAGAAAAUUA